AUGAUGGAGGUGGAUAUGCCGUUGCCACCGGCCGUAAUCAACUUACCAUGGGUAGAAAAGUAUCGGCCAGAGUCCCUGUCUGAUAUGAUAUCUCAUGAGGAAAUAAUCAAGACCCUUACUCGCUUCGUGAAAUCGGACAGAUUACCACACUUGUUGUUUUAUGGACCACCUGGUACUGGUAAAACAAGUGCUAUAUUGGCAGUAGUGAACACAAUGUACUCGGACAAACAGCGAAAAUCAAUGGUACUUGAGCUUAAUGCUUCUGACGAUAGAGGAAUCGGGAUCGUGAGGGAAGAGAUCAUAACAUUUGCGCAGACGAAGUCACUCCAGAGAGAUAAGGAAACAACGGACCUAAAAUUUGUAAUUCUCGAUGAAGCUGACGCUAUGACAAAGGAUGCACAGAAUGCAUUGAGACGGUGUACCCGAUUUCGAUUUGCCCCUUUGUCUAUUGACCAUAUCUUGCCUAAACUUAAUCACGUGAUUACGGAGGAAAAGCUUUCGGUUACUGAGGACGGCAAACAAGCGCUGUUUGAAAGUGUCAGUCAGGCGAUUAUGCGACGUGUCGCAAUGGCUUCUCCGGUUAUUGAUGAAACGAGUGUAUACGAAUGCGUUGGACAACCUACACCAAAACACAUUGAGAAAAUUUUGCAGAUUCUGAUGAACGAUUCGUUUGCAUCAUGCUUGCCGGAGUUGCAUGAUGUUAUAUUUCAACUGGAUUUACCCGCGAAUGUGAUGGUUUGCCUGAUUUCUGCGCUUGCUGACACCGAGCAACGUUUGGCAGUUGGUGCCUCAGAUCGCAUCCAGAUAGGAGGUUUAGUAGGAGCAUUCAUGCAUGCUCGUAGAAUGAUUAAAGAGGCUGCUAAAAAGUAG